AGGGCCGAGCUGAGUGACAUUGGGGACUAUGUAGGUUCAGACAUACAAAUAUCCUGGUUGCCUAAUCUGGAUGAGUUAAUGAAGGGCUAUGCACGAAAUUUUCGCCCUGGGAUAGGAGGUGAGUAUGAGAUCUACUGCUUGUGGCAUUGGAUUGCAUUUCACCCCCUCACAUUUACAGCCAUUCAUAGCAUAGCAGGAACCGGGUAUAAGUGUUUUGAAAAUCAGACUCAUGAUUUUAGACUCUUCUCAAAUUCAUCAUGCUAUAUUAAUCUUGUUAGAUUCCACUGUCCCCAAGAAAGUGCUUUAAGUUAUUUUUAAAUUCUAGUUUAAAGACAUAUUUACCCAUAUGUAAAUAAGAGCUUUGAAUCUAUGAAAAGCUUUUGUGUUUGAACGUGAUGCAAAAGAUCACAACCAAAAGCAAUUAAGCAUUGGAAUGAGUUUGCGGAAGAGAUUGAAAUGAUGCUUUGGAAAUGAAAGACGUGCGUAAUAUUGCUAAAUAAAAGAAAGGAGCAUUGCUGGAGAAUGCCUUUGCUAAGAAUGCUUGCCAAAUGUGAAAUAUCCAAUGUCCACAGCGUUAGAUUUCUCAACCUCACAGCUUAACUCAGCUCAGCAGAGGUGAAAAAGCAUUGUCGAUAUAAGAACCACCACCACCACCAUGCCAGGCCUUGUGAACCAGCAACAAGGCUACUGCAGCCAACAGCAAACACGUUUACAUACCUAUAGUGCAACAUUAUGCUCAAUAAUUAUGUAGUCCCUCAUUACUUCCCCUUAUAGAAAUAAGAGAAGAUAAGGUUAAAUCUCCAUCAGAUAUCAUCUAAGUGGUAAGACAGCUACCGUAAAGCCAAACUGAUGGGCUAUCUAAGGCCAUUGAAGAAUCAUACACAUCAGUUGGUGGGGCCCCGUGUAGCUCAGUUGAUAGAGCAUGGCGCUUGCAACGCCAGGGUUGUGGGUUCGUUUCCCACGGAGGGCCAGUAUGAAAAUGUAUGCACUCACUAACUGUAAGUCGCUCUGGAUAAGAGCGUCUGCUAAAUGACUAAAAUGUAAAAUGUAAAUGUCUUACUCUGUCUAUUCAACUCACAUCCCUUCACCAUUUCAAAUUUGAAGGAAAGUGGUGCUACGAUAGGCAUCUAGAAUCUAUACAAAUAAGUUGAACACUGAGCCUAUCACUAAGGGCCACUUGUCAAAAUGAGCUCGGUUUUAGUGACAGGCUGAGGGAUUAUGGAUUGCAGUUAGUUGUAACAUCCUCCAACGUAAGUUUCAUUGACUUUAACUGUCCUCCCACUUGUCAGUGCUGAUGACUGCUCUCUCUAUGGUGGGUAGGAUAAUGGCUAUAUAAUACAAUUUGACGUAAAUGGUUAUGGGAUGAGUACUGAAUGGCAGAGAAUGGUAAUAUAUGAUUCCUUAAUGUUCAGAAUAAAUAUCCUUUCAGUUCCGCUUCGGUGAUCCUGAUCUCCCUCCCUCUAGAUUUCCUUCAAGUAUCCACGAUCUCAGCAGCACAAAUUAUGCUAAUCAUCGAGCAAACUACAACAGCAUGCUAGCUAUGUAUGCGCUUCUAAACACACCACUGCACAAGCUCAUGAGACCCCCAAUGUCAUAUUUAUGAAUGUACAUAGUACCAUGUCACUUCACUUAGAGCAAUGUUAAGUCGGGAAGUGGCUCUUGAUCCAUAUCUAGGGAUGUCCUUGAGAAGGAGGGAAGGGAUGGAUGGAGGGAGAGAGGGAAGGAGGGAUUGUUUUCUUUUCUCAUUUAUUUUCCCACAGGCCCACCCGUGAAUGUUGCCAUGGCUAUUGAAGUAGCCAGUAUUGACCACAUCUCUGAAGCCAACAUGGUAAUGUAUACAUUCACCUGCAGGCCUUUGUACAUAAUGGUUGCCAUAUUUCACUGCUAUUGUACUGUUCCAGUAAAAUUCAAUGUGAAAACUAUCACUUAUGCGUCAUCCACAUCAGCCAAUAGGGAUUCUAAAAAGUUAAUGAUACCAUGCCUUUUUCAGUAAGAGCAUGCAUGGCCCUGUUCCAAUUGUUAUGAAAUGCAUCCUUCCUUCCUCCCUUGAUGUAUUCAACAGAUCCAACCAGGUUGGAUUGGUGAAAAACAAUAGUAUUGUAACCUAUAUUUAUUUUAUCUAAUACCGUUCAGAUCAGUAAGUCACAACGUGAUCCACCACUCUCUCACACCAGUGUUGGAAAUGCCCUGGGCUCAGCUUUGUGCCUGUGUGUGUGUGUGUGUGUGUGUGUGUGUGUGUGUGUGUGUGUCUGUCUGUCUGUGUCUGUGUGUGCAUUUGCCUGUGCGUAUGCGUAUGCUUAUGCUUGUUCUUGUGUUACCAUGUGUUACCGUAUGUUACUGUGUGUUACCGUGUGUUACCGUGUGUGACCGCUUGGCAGGAGUACACCAUGACCAUUUUCCUGCGGCAGAGCUGGCGGGACGACCGCCUGUCCUACAACCACACCAACAAGACCCUGGGGCUGGACAGCCGCUUCGUGGAUAAACUCUGGCUGCCCGACACCUUCAUUGUCAACGCCAAGUCCGCCUGGUUCCACGACGUCACUGUGGAGAACAAGCUGAUUCGCCUGCAGCCCGAUGGGGUCAUCCUUUACAGCAGCCGGUGAGAAGGGCAGAGGGAGGAGGGGGGAGAGGACUAGGAGGAGGGGGGAGAAGAGUAGGGGGUAGGGGGGAGAGGGGCUAAGGGGGAGAGGGGGAGCAGGGGGAGAAGAGUAGGGUGUAGGGCGGAGAGGAGUAGGGGGUAGGGGGGAGGAGGGGGAGAGGAGUAGAGGGUAGGGCGGAGAGGAGUAGGGGGGAGAGGGUGGAGGAGGGGGAUGAUGGAGAGGGGAAGGGGGAGAGGGUUAAGAGAGAUAAAAGGAGGGAGAGAGGGGGUGAAGAUAAUGUGUGAGGGGUAGGAGCAUAGAUCGAGUAGGAGAGAAGGAGGAGGAGAAGGAUGAAAGGGGUAGGAGAGAUGGAAGGCAUGGGGAGGAGGGAGAGAAGAAAAUGGCGUGAUGGUUGGAGAGGCCCCUUAACGACUUGCUGUGGCCUGAAGUUAAGGCUAUAUAAUGCCUAAUGAUAAUGUCAAAGUGAAAAUGACGUUUAACCUACUGUUACGUGUCAAGUUACCAUUGUGGUUGACGUGGGUGUUUACUAAAUUACUUGUUCUCCUCUCAGGAUCACCUCGACUGUGGCGUGUGACAUGGAUCUGACCAAGUACCCCAUGGAUGAGCAGGAGUGUAUGCUGGACUUAGAAAGCUGUGAGUGGAUUUAUACAUUACACGGCCAAAAGUAUGUGGACAUCCCUUCAAAUUAGAGGAUUCGGUUCUUUCAGCCACACCCACUGCUGAUAGGUACAGUUGAAGUCGGAAGUUUACAUACACUUAGGUUGGAGUCAUUAAAACUUGUUUUUCAACCAUUCCACAAAUUUCUGGUUAACAAACUAUAGUUUUGGCAAGUCGGUUAGGACUUCUACUUUGUGCAUGACACAAGUAAUUUUUCCAACAAUUGUUUACAGACAGAUUAUUUCACUUAUAAUUCACUGUAUCACAAUUCCAGUGGGUCAGAAGUUUACAUACACUAAGUUGACUGUGCCUUUAAACAGCUUGGAAAAUUCCAGAAAAAGAUGUCAUGGCUUUAGAAGCUUCUGAUAGGCUAAUUGACAUCAUUUCAGUCAAUUGGAGGUGUACCUGUGGAUGUAUUUCAAGGCCUACCUUCAAACUCAGUGCCUCUUUGCUUGACAUCAUUGGAAAAUCCAAAGAAAUCAGCCAAGACCUCAGAAAAAAAAAUUGUAGACCUCCACAAGUCUGGUUCAUCCUUGGGAGCAAUUUCCAAAUGCCUGAAGGUACCACAUUCAUCUGUACAAACAAUAGUACGCAAGUAUAAACACCAUGGGACCAUGCAGCCGUCAUACCGUUCAGGAAGGAGACCCGUUCUGUCUCCUAGAGAUUAACGUACUUUGGUGCGAAAAGUGCAAAUCAAUCCCAGAACAACAGCAAAGGACCUUGUGAAGAUGCUGGAGGAAACAGGUACAAAAGUAUCUAUGUCCACAGUAAAACAAGUCCUAUAUCAACAUAACCUGAAAGGCCGCUCAGCAAGGAAGAAGCCACUGUCCAAAACCGGCAUAAAAAAGCCAGACUACGGUUUGCAACUCCACAUGGGGACAAAUAUCGUACUUUUUGGAGAAAUGUCCUCUGGUCUGAUGAAACAAAAAUAGAACUGUUUGGCCAUAAUGACCAUCGUUAUGUUUGAAGGAAAAAGGGGAACGCUUGCAAGCCGAAGAACACCAUCCCAACCGUGAAGCACGGGGGUGGCAGCAUCAUGCUGUGGGGGUGCUUUGCUGCAGGAGGGACUGGUGCACUUCACAAAAUAAAUGGCAUCAUGAGGAAGGAAAAGUAUGUGGAUAUAUUGAAGCAACAUCUCAAGACAUCAGUCAGGAAGUUAAAGCUUAGUCGCAAAUGGGUCUUCUAAAUGGACAAUGACGCCAAGCAUACUUCCAAAGUUGUGGCAAAAUGGCUUAAGGACAACAAAGUCAAGGUAUAGAAAACGUGUGGGCAGAACUGAAAAAGUGUGUGCGAGCAAGGAGGCCUACAAACCUGACUCAGUUACACCAGCUCUGUCAGGAGGAAUGGGCCGAAAUUCACCCAACUUAUUGUGGGAAGCUUGUGGAAGGCUACCCAAAACGUUGUACCCAAGUUAAACAAUUUAAAAGCAAUGCUACCAAAUACUAAUUGAGUGUAUGUAAACUUCUGACCCACUGGGAAUGUGAUGAAAGAAAUAAAAGCUGAAAGAAAUAAUUCUCUCUACUAUUAGUCUGACAUUUCACAUUCUUAAAAUAAAGUGGUGAUCCUAACUGACCUAAGACAGGGAAUUUUUACUAGGAUUAAAUGUCAGGAAUUGUGAAAAACUGAGUUUAAAUGUAUUUGGCUAAGGUGUACGUAAACUUCCUGUCACGAAUUCCGCCGAGACUGCUCCUCCUCCUUGUUCGGGCAGGCUUCGGCGUUCGUCGUCCCCGGAGUACUAGCUGCUACCGCUUGAUGUUCUCUAUGUUUGUUUGGUUUUGUCUUGUUGGUGCACCUGUUUCGUAUUAUGUAUUGAUUAGGUCACCUAUAAGUUUCCUUUGGUUUUGUUUGCAGUUGUGUGUUGUUGUCCGCCUGUCCGCUGGUGAAUGUUAUUUGUUUUCUAGUUGUUAGUGUUUUACGCACUGUUUGCGUAAUCGCUCGCCUCCUGUGUUUUGAGGCCCGUUAUUUUGUAUUUGUCUUUGUGAGAAUUAAAGUUGUUUUCGACUAAGCUUCUGUGUCCUGCGCCUGACUCCAACACCGCAUCCACAUCAGCUUCUGACAGAACAACACACCAUACUAUGGAGUCAGCAGGAGCAGCGGCGGCGACCGAGUCGCUGGAGGAUCGGGUCAGCUGCCAGGACGCCAUGAUCCAGCAACUCGGCUCCGCCAUGCAGGAGGUGAUGAACACCCUGCGCCGAUGGGAAAGGGGAGGCGUGCCCACACCUCCUCCUACAUUACCACCACCAUCGGCCAGCCCCACCAGACCAGCUCCGGAAUCCAGUGGAAUUCGGCUCUCGCUCCCGAGGGCGUAUGAUGGCACCGCAGCCGGGUGUCAGGGGUUCCUCCUUCAGGUGGAACUCUACCUGGCCACCAUACACCCGGCGCCCUCGGGAUACGAGAGCGUUUCCGCCCUCAUCUCCUGUCUCUCCGGCAAGGCGUUGGAGUGGGCCAACGCCGAAUGGAGGGGAAUAGACGCCGCCACCAUCAGCUACGCGGAGUUCUCCCACCGCUUCAGGGCUGUUUUCGAUCACCCUCCUGAGGGUAAAGCGGCGGGGGAGCGUCUGUUCCACCUCCGACAGGGGAAGAGGAGCGCACAGGAGUUCGCCCUGGAUUUCCGGACUCUAGCGGCGGAUGCGGGGUGGAAUGAGAGGGCCCUCAUCGACCACUAUCGGUGUAGCCUGCGUGAGGACGUUCGUCGAGAGCUGGCCUGCAGGGACACCAAUCUGUCCUUCGACCAGCUAGUGGACAUGUCCAUCCGUCUGGAUACCCUGCUGGCCACCCGCGGACGUCCCGAGUUGGGGCCGUCCAUUCCAUCCCCCAGCACCUCCGAGCCGAGCCCUAUGGAGCUCGGGGGUGCUGGCGCUAGAGAGAGAAGGAGAGAGAACCCGAGGGGGGCCGUCCCCUGCACCAGCUGUGGCCGUGGAGGACACACUGCGGCUAGGUGCUGGGGAGGGUCUCCAGGGAAUCGGGGCAACAGGUCGCGCACUGGGGAGUCAUUUCAGGUGAGUAGGCGCCCCACUCACCCAGAGCUCUCUGUUGUUCACUUGUGUAUACCUGUGGUAUUUCCUCAGGUUGCAUCUCAUUCCCAGCAUAAGGCGCUUGUCGAUUCAGGCGCAGCUGGGAAUUUUAUUGAUCGGAAAUUUUGUUCUAAGUUAGGGAUUCCCCUCCUGCCCGUUGAUGCACCCUUUCCUGUCCAUGCCCUAGAUAGCCGCCCGUUGGGAUCUGAGUUGAUUAGGGAGGUCACAGCGCCACUAAAGAUGAAGACGCAGGGGGGUCAUGAGGAGAUUAUUCAGUUGUACCUAAUUGACUCUCCUGCGUAUCCCGUGGUGCUGGGGCUUCCUUGGUUAAUCACCCAUGACCCCACUAUUUCGUGGCAACAGAGGGCUCUCAAGGAAUGGUCUGGCCAGUGUGUUGGGCGAUGUUUAGGUGUUUCCGUUGGGGCGACCACGGUGGAGAGUCCGAACCAAGUGCCCGCAAUGCACAUUCCCCCUGAGUAUGAGGAUUUGGCACUCGUGUUCAGCAAGACGAGGGCGACGCGAUUGCCACCUCAUAGACAGGGAGAUUGUGCAAUAAACCUCCAGACAGGUGCGGCACUCCCGCAGAGCCAUGUGUAUCCUCUGUCUCAAGAGGAGACGGCGGCUAUGGAGACAUACAUAGCUGAGUCCCUGAGACAAGGAUACAUACGGCCCUCCACUUCUCCUGCGUCCUCGAGUUUCUUUUUUGUGAAGAAGAAGGAUGGAGGGUUGCGCCCGUGUAUUGAUUACCGUAGUCUCAAUCAGAUCACUGUGAAAUACAGUUACCCUCUUCCUCUGAUUGCGAGUAUGACAGAAUCAUUACGCGGAGCGCGUUUCUUCACAAAACUGGAUCUCAGGAGCGCUUAUAACUUGGUGCGCAUUAGGGAGGGAGAUGAAUGGAAGACGGCAUUUAGUACCACCUCAGGUCAUUAUGAGUAUCUUGUCAUGCCAUACGGGUUAAUGAAUGCUCCUUCAGUCUUCCAAUCAUUUGUGGACGAGAUCUUCCAGGACCUGCAUGGGCAGGGAGUGAUAGUGUACAUUGACGACAUCCUAGUGUACUCUGCUACACGUGCCGAGCAUGUAGCCCUGGUGCGCCGAGUGUUGGGUAGGCUGUUGGAGCAUGACUUGUAUGUCAAGGCAGAGAAAUGUCUGUUUUUCCAGGAGUCCAUCUCCUUCUUGGGUCAUCGGUUGUCCGCGUCAGGGGUGAAGAUGGAGAUUGACCGUGUGUCAGCCAUGCGUACAGUGGGGAAAAAAAGUUUUUAGUCAGCCACCAAUUGUGCAAGUUCUCCCACUUAAAAAUAUGAGAGAGGCCUGUAAUUUACAUCAUAGGUACACAUCAACAAUGACAGACAAAAUGAGAAAAAAAAUCCAGAAAAUCACAUUGUAGGAUUUUUAAUGAAUUUAUUUGCAAAUUAUGGUGGAAAAUAAGUAUUUGGUCAAUAACAAAAGUUUCUCAAUACUUUGUUAUAUACCCUUUGUUGGCAAUGACACAGGUCAAACGUUUUCUGUAAGUCUUCACAAGGUUUUCACACACUGUUGCUGGUAUUUUGCCCCAUUCCUCCAUGCAGAUCUCCUCUAGAGCAGUGAUGUUUUGGGGCUGUCGCUGGGCAACACGGACUUUCAACUCCCUCCAAAGAUUUUCUAUGGGGUUGAGAUCUGGAGACUGGCUAGGCCACUCCAGGACCUUGAAAUGCUUCUUACAACGCCACUCCUUCAUUGCCCGGGCGGUGUGUUUGGGAUCAUUGUCAUGCUGAAAGACCCAGCCACGUUUCAUCUUCAAUGCCCUUGCUGAUGGAAGGAGGUUUUCACUCAAAAUCUCACGAUACAUGGCCCCAUUCAUUCUUUCCUUUACACGGAUCAGUCGUCCUGGUCCCUUUGUAGAAAAACAGCCCCAAAGCAUGAUGUUUCCACCCCCAUGCUUCACAGUAGGUAUGGUGUUCUUUGGAUGCAACUCAGCAUUCUUUGUCCUCCAAUCACGACGAGUUGAGUUUUUACCAAAAAGUUAUAUUUUGGUUUCAUCUGACCAUAUGAUUUUCUCCCAAUCCUCUUCUGGAUCAUCCAAAUGCACUCUAGCAAACUUCAGACAGGCCUGAACAUGUACUGGCUUAAGCAGGGGGACACGUCUGACACUGCAGGAUUUGAGUCCCUGGCGGCGUAGUGUGUUACUGAUGGUAGGCUUUGUUACUUUGGUCCCUGCUCUCUGCAGGUCAUUCACUAGGUCCCCCCGUGUGGUUCUGGGAUUUUUGCUCACCGUUCUUGUGAUCAUUUUGACCCCACGGGGUGAGAUCUUGCGUGGAGCCCCAGAUUGAGGGAGAUUAUCAGUGGUCUUGUAUGUCUUCCAUUUCCUAAUAAUUGCUCCCACAGUUGAUUUCUUCAAACCAAGCUGCUUACCUAUUGCAGAUUCAGUCUUCCCAGCCUGGUGCAGGUCUACAAUUUUGUUUCUGGUGUCCUUUGACAGCUCUUUGGUCUUGGCCAUAGUGGAGUUUGGAGUGUGACUGUUUGAGGUUGUGGACAGGUGUCUUUUAUACUGAUAACAAGUUCAAACAGGUGCCAUUAAUACAGGUAACGAGUGGAGGAUAGAGGAGCCUCUUAAAGAAGAUGUUACAGGUCUGUGAGAGCCAGAAAUCUUGCUUGUUUGUAGGUGGCCUCUCUCAUCUUUUUAAGUGGGAGAACUUGCACAAUUGGUGGCUGACUACAUACUUUUUUCCCCCCACUGUAACUGGCAAACCCCAACCACUGUUAAAGAGGUGCAGCAGUUUUGGGGUUUUGCCAAUUACUACCGGAGGUUUAUCCGGGGUUUUGGACAGGUGGCAGCUCCCAUUACUUCCCUGCUGAAGGGGGGCCCGGUGCGUUUGCAGUGGUCGGCCGAAGCGGACAGGGCGUUUUGUAAACUGAAGGACCUGUUCACUUCGGCUCCGGUGCUGGCGCACCCGGACCCCGCUUUAGCGUUCCAGGUAGAGGUGGACGCGUCAGAGGCCGGUAUUGGGGCAGUACUGUCGCAACGCUCCGGCACGCCUCCUAAGCUCCGUCCCUGCGCUUUUUAUUCUAAAAAGCUCAGCCCGGCGGAACGUAAUUAUGACGUAGGGGACAGGGAGCUGUUAGCUGUGGUUCAAGCCCUAAAGGUGUAGAGGCAUUGGCUUGAGGGGGCUCAACACCCUUUUCUCAUUCUGACUGACCAUCGUAACCUGGAGUACAUCCGGGCAGCUAGGAGAUUGAACCCUCGUCAGGCUAGGUGGAACAUGUUUCUGACCCGGUUCGUUUUUAAGAUCACUUACAUCCCAGGGUCCCAGAACGGUAAGGCAGAUGCCCUGUCCCGGCGGUAUGACACAGAGGAGAGGUCCAUUGAGCCCACUCCCAUACUGCCGGAGUCUUGUCUGGUGGCACCGGUGGUAUGGGAGGUCGAUGCGGAAAUUGAGCGGGCGUUACGCACCGACCCUACUCCCCCAGAGUGUCCAGUGGGUCGGACGUACGUGCCGCCCGAGGUCCGUGAUCGUCUCAUUUAUUGGGCUCAUACGUCACCCUCCUCUGGACAUCCAGGUAUUGGCCGGACAGUGCACUGCCUUAGUGUUAAGUACUGGUGGCCAACUUUGGCUAGGGACGUGAGGGUUUAUGUCUCCUCCUGCUCGGUGUGCGCUCAGUGUAAGGCGCCUAGACACCUGCCCAGGGGGAAGUUACAACCCCUGCCCGUUCCACAACGGCUGUGGUCUCACCUCUCGGUGGACUUUGUCACGGACCUUCCCCCCUCUCAGGGGAAUACCACUAUUCUGGUCGUUGUGGAUCGGUUCUCUAAGGCUUGUCGUCUCAUUCCAAUGCCAGGUCUCCCUACUGCCCUACAUACCGCUGAGGCUUUGUUCACCCACGUCUUCCGGCACUACAGGGUUCCCGAGGAUAUAGUGUCUGAUCGGGGUCCCCAAUUCACCUCUAGAGUCUGGAGGGCGUUCAUGGAACGCUUGGGGGUCUUGGUUAGCCUUACCUCGGGUUACCACCCUGAGAGUAACGGGCAGGUGGAGAGAGUGAACCAGGAUGUGGGUAGGUUUCUGAGAUCCUAUUGCCAGGGCCGGCCGGAGGAGUGGUCGGGGUAUAUCCCCUGGGCAGAGAUGGCUCAGAACUCUCUUUGCCACUCCUCUACUAACCUGACCCCUUUUCAGUGCGUGUUAGGGUAUCAGCCGGUUCUGGCACCAUGGCAUCAGAGCCAGAUCGAGGCUCCUGCGGUGGAUGAGUGGUUUCGGCGCUCGGAGAAGACGUGGAACGCUGCACACGUACAUCUGCAGCGGGCCAUCUGCAGGCAGAAGGCGAGCGCCGAUCUCCACUGCAGUGAGGGUCCAGUAUACGCCCCUGGAGAUCGAGUCUGGCUCUCGACUCGAAACCUGCCCCUUCGCCUGCCCUGCCGGAAGCUUGGCCGGCGGUUUGUGGGGCCAUUUAAAGUCCUGAGGAGAUUGAACGAGGUGUGUUAGAAGUUGCAACUGCCUAAUGACUAUCACAUUAACCCCUCGUUCCAUGUAUCUCUCCUCAGGCCGGUGGUAGCUGGUCCACUCCAGGAGAGUGAGAUAAGAGAGACCCCUCCGCCCCCACUGGACAUCGAGGGGGCUCCAGCGUACUCAGUCCGGUCCAUCGUGGAUUCGAGACGUCGGAUGGGGGGUCUACAAUAUCUCGUGGAGUGGGAGGGGUACGGUCCGGAGGAACGGUGCUGGGUGCCUAGGAGGGACAUUUUAGAUCCAUCCCUCCUGACUGAGUUCCACCGUAGUCAUCCUACGUGCCCUGCUCCACGUCCUCCUGGCUGUCCCAGAGGCCGGGGUCGGCGCACGGCUGGGGCCGCGCGUCAAGGGGGGGGUACUGUCACGAAUUCCGCCGAGACUGCUCCUCUUCCUUGUUCGGGCAGGCUUCGGCGUUCAUCGUCCCCGGAGUACUAGCUGCUACCGCUUGAUGUUCUCUAUGUUUGUUUGGUUUUGUCUUGUUGGUGCACCUGUUUCGUAUUAUGUAUUGAUUAGGUCACCUAUAAGUUUCCUUUGGUUUUGUUUGCAGUUGUGUGUUGUUGUCUGCCUGUCCGCUGGUGAAUGUUAUUUGUUUUCUAGUUGUUAGUGUUUUACGCACUGUUUGCGUAAUCGCUCGCCUCCUGUGUUUUGAGGCCCGUUAUUUUGUAUUUGUCUUUGUGACAAUUAAAGUUGUUUUCGACUAAGCUUCUGUGUCCUGCGCCUGACUCCAACACCGCAUCCACAUCAGCUUCUGACACUUCCGACUUCAACUGUAUAUAACAUCGAGCACACAGCCAUGAAAUAUCCAUAGACAAACAUUGGCAGUAGAAUGGCCCGUACUGAAGAGCUCAGUGACUUUCAACGUGAUACCGUCAUAGGAUGCCACCUUUUCAACAAGUCAGUUCUUCAUAUUUCUGCCCUGCUAGAGCUGCCCCGGUCAACUGUAAGUGCUGUUAUUGUGAAGUGGAAAUGUCUAGGAGCAGAAACGGCUCAGCUGUGAAGUGGUAGGCCACACAAGCUCACAGAACGGGACCGGCGAGUGCUGAAAAUCCAAACUGCCUCAGGAAGCAACGUCAGCACAAGAACUGUUCGUCGGGAGCUUGAUGAAAUGGAUUUCCAUGGCCGAGCAGCCGCACACAAGCCUAAGAGCACCAUGCGCAAUGUCAAACGUAGGCUGGAGUGGUGUAAAGCUCGCCACCAUUGGACUUUGGAGCAGUGGAAACGCGUUCUCUGGAGUGAUAAUUCACACUUGACCAUCUAGCAGUCCGAUGGAUGAAUCUGGGUUUGGCGGAUGCCAGCAGAACGGUACCUGCCCGAAUGCAUAGUGCCAACUGUAAAGUUUGGUGGAGGAGGAAUAAUAGUCUGCCCCCUUAGUUCCAGUGAAGGGAAAUCUUAAUGCUACAGCAUACAAUGACAUUCUAGACGAUUCUAUGCUGAAUGGAAGCAAGUCCCCGCAGCAAUGUUCCAACAUCUUCCCAGAAGAGGGGAGGCUGUUAUAGCAGCAAAGAGGGGACCAACUCCAUAUGAAUGCCCAUGAUUUUAGAAUGAGAUGAGCAGGUGUCCACAUACGUUGUAGUGUAUGUACCACUGUUCUUGAUGGGUGGAUGUCAAUACCAAUAGUCUGUCAUGUUCCCUACCACUCUUAAUGGAUGGAUCUCAAUAGUCUACAGUAUGAUUAUUUAUUUCCCAAUUCGAAGGAAAGGUGGUUUUCUUUUCUCCCUGGUAGUUCAGUGAUCUAUUAAUGUCAUUGAUUGGCCAGGUAAUUCACUCACCUGAUCUCCCAAGUCUGAAACAGUCCCUUAUUAAACUUAAGGGUCAAAACCUGCAGUGCUGUGGCCCUGCAGGGACAUAGUUGAACAACCCUGCUCUAUAGAGGAAACAGGAGAGAACAGGAAACCAUUUUACUCCCAGUGUCUGUAGAGCUACAUGUAGGCUGUAUUGUGUAUGGUGAGUACCAGAAGCAAGGCUAGGGUUAAUUCAAUACACAUUCAUUGAAAAUGUAAUGAUGUUCCAUUGUUGUUGGGAUGUUUGUUUGUUGACUGUUUGUUAACUGCUAGUUGACUGUUUGUUUGUUGACUGUUUGUUCCAGACGGCUACUCCUCAGAGGAUAUUGUGUACCACUGGUCUGAGAGUCAAAUACACAUCCACGGACUGGACAAACUGGAGCUCUCCCAGUUCACCAUCAUCGACUACAAAUUUGUCACGGAGACUAUGAACUUCAAAUCCGGUGAGCUUUUUUCCCACCUCUAUCCUCGUUUCACUAUCACCAUGGUUACUGUACUGAACAGCCAGUGGGAUGUCCGUGAGAUUCCUCUUCACUUUUAUAUACAGAGUUCUUCAAAUAUGCCUCUUUCACUGUACAGCGCCUCUCCAUUUUGAUACAUGCUUUUGAACAUGUAAGAGACCCCAGGAUUCCUAUAGAUAAUUGUUUAACUAAUAUGUUUUGAACGCAGACACCUCUGUUGGUAUUUUCUAUGCACAGACAGAAUGGCUCAUGUUAUUUAGGAGAGGAGACUUAUGAAGGGAAGGGAGUAGAUGCUAUGUUAUGACUUCUUCAAGUGAGAAAUCUGGUACAACCAGAGGAGGAUGUGCCCCCUCCUCUGAGUCUGAUUCCUCUCAAGGUUUCUUCGUUGUAACUUGCUCUUUGGGGUCUUGGUCUUGGUCAGGUUACCGUAGGACUUUGUGACAAUUGUUGAUAUAAAAAGGGCUUUACAAAUAAUUUUGAUUGAUUGACUGAUUGAUCGAAAAGCUAAUACUGGUCUACUUUUUCACUCCAAGCCGGACGUUUCCCGCGGCUCAGCCUUCGCUUCCAGCUGAGACGUAACCGAGGCGUCUACAUCAUCCAGUCCUACAUGCCCUCCAUCCUAUUGGUCGCCAUGUCCUGGGUGUCCUUCUGGAUAAGCCAAACAGCAGUCCCGGCUCGUGUAUCCCUGGGUUAGUAUCAUGUUAAGAGUAUUCUGUUAACAACAAAUAAUAACAAGAUAACUAAUAAUGUAAGCAUACUGUGUCCAUAAUAAGUAUAUAGGUUGUAUGUUGGGAGCUUUUGGGAAAGAGCACAGUUAGAAAGAUAUGGCAUAUAGAAGCAAACCGGAUGGACAUCAUGAAAAUGAUCGGAGAGGUUGAGAGUAGAAGAAGUUCAGGAGCAAAAACAAAAAAAACAAAUAAAAUAGAAUUAUUGUAAAAUUGACUGUGUCCAUAAGGUGUAGAUAGUAAGUAUAGGCUGGAAGUAGAGGCCUGGGCAUUGUUGUUCACUAAUUUACCCCAAGUAGGGAAAGGAUGGCGGGGUUGAAAAGUAAUAAAGGGGAGUAUAUAUAUAAAAAACAUGGGGGAUUGGAAGUGAUGCAGACAAUUACAUUGAUAGAAGUUACAAUCUAUCUGCAAUAUUAAGCUGAUCUACCCCCAGAUAAAAAAAAAAAGAAGAGUAUUCUGUUAGUGAUCUUGGUGCAGUAAAGGCUACUGAGGGGAGAACGGCUCAUAAUAAUGGCCGGAACGGAGCAAAUGGAAUGGCAUCAAACACCUGGAAACCAUGUGUUUGAUGUAUUUAAUACCAUUCCACUGACUCCGCUCCAGUCAAAUCAAAUAAAAAUGUAUUUGCCACAUGCGCCAAAUACAACAGGUGUAGACCUUACAGCGAAAUGCUUACUUACAAGCCCUUAACCAACAAUGCAGUUUUAAGAAAAAAAAGGGUUAAGUAAAAACGAAAUAAGUAAAAAAUAACAAAUAACAAACAAUUAAAGAGCAGCAGUAAAAUAAAAUAACAGUAGGGAGGCUAUAUACAGGGGGUACUGGUACAGAGUCAAUGUACGGGGGCACAGGUUAGUCGAGGUAAUUGAGGUAAUAUGUACAUGUGGGUAGAGUUAAAGGCACUAUGCAUAGGUAAUAAAGAGAGAGUAGCAGCAGCGUAAAAGAGGGGGUGCAAAUGUGCAAAUAGUCAGGGUAGCCAUGAUUAGCUGUUCAAGAGUCUUAUGGCUUGGGGGUAGAAGCUGUUAAGAAGCCUUUUGGACCUAGACUUGGCACUCCGGUACCGCUUGCCUUGCGGUAGCAAAGAGAACAGUCUAUGACUAGAGUGGCUGGAGUCUUUGACAAUUUUUAGGGCCUACCUCUAACACCGCCUGUUAUAGAGGUCCGGGAUGGCAGGAAGCUUGGCCCCAAUUAUGUACUGGGCCGUACGCACUACCCUCUGUAGUGCCUUGUGGUCGGAGGCCGAGCAGUUGCCAUACCAGGCAGUGAUGCAACCAAUCAGGAUACUCUCGAAUGGUGCAGCUGUAUAACUUUUUGAGGAUCUGAGGACCCAUGCGAAAUCUUUUCAGUCUCCUGAGGAGGAAUAGACUUUGUCGUGCCCUCUUCACGACUGUCUUGGUGUGUUUGGACCAUGAUAGUUUGUUGGUGAUGUGGACACCAAGGAACUUGAAGCUCUCAGCCUGUUCCACUACAGCCCUGUCGAUGAGAAUGGGGGCGUGCUCAGUCCCCUUUUUUUUCCUGUAGUCCACAAUCAUCUCCUUUUUCUUGAUCACUUUGAGGGAGAGGUUGUUAUCCUGGCACCACAUGCCCAGGUCUCUGACCACCUCCCUGUAGGCUGUCUCAUCGUUGUCGGUGAUCAGGCCUACCACUGUUGUGUUUUCGGCAAACUUAAUGAUGGUGUUGGAGUCGUGCCUGGCCAUGCAGUCAUGGGUGAACAGGGAGUACAGGAGGGGACUGAGCAUGCACCCCUGAGGGGCCCCCGUGUUGAGGAUCAGCGUGGCAGAUGUGUUGUUACCUACCCUUACCACCUGGGGGCAGCCCGUCAGGAAGUCCAGGAUCCAGUUGCAGAGGGAGGUGUUUAGUCCCAGGGUCCUUAGCUUAGCGAUGAGCUUUGAGGGCACUAUGGUGUUGAACGCUGAGCUGUAGUAAAUGAAUAGCAUUCUCACGUAGGUGUUCCUCUUGUCCAGGUGGGAAAGGGCAGUGUGGAGUGCAACAGAGAUUGCAUCAUCUGUGGAUCUGUUGGGGCGGUAUGCAAAUUGGAGUGGGUCUAUGGUUUCUGGGAUAAUGGUGUUGAUGUGAGCCGUGACCAGCCUUUCAAAGCACUUCAUGGCUACAGACGUGAGUGCUACGGGUCGGUAGUCAUUUAGGCAGGUUAUCUUAGUGUUCUUGGGAACAGGGACUAUGGUGGUCUGCUUGAAACAUGUAGGUAUUACAGACUCAGUCAGGGACAUGUUGAAAAUGUCAGUGAAGACACUUGCCAGUUGGUCAGCACAUGCUUGGAGUACGCUUCCUGGUUAUCUGUCUGGCACUGCGGCCUUGUGAAUGUUGACCUGCUUAAAAGUCUUACUCUCAUUGGCCCAUGGAGAGCGUGAUCACAUAGUCAUCUGGAACAGCUGAUGCUCUCCUGCAUGCUUCAGUGUUGCUUUCCUCGAAGCGAGCAUAGAAGUGAUUUAUCUCAUCAGGUAGGCUCGUGUCACUGGGCAGCUCACGGCUGUGCUUCCCUUUGUAGCCUGUAAUAGUUUGCAACCCCUGCCACAUCCGACGAGCUUCGGAGCCGGUGUAGUAUGAUUCAAUCUUAGUCCUGUAUUGACUAUUUGCCUGUUUGAUGGUUCGUCGGAGAGCAUAGCAGGAUUUCUUAUAAGCAUCCAGGUUAGAGUCCCGCUCUUUGAAAGCGGCAGCUCUACCCUUUAGCUCAGUGCGGAUGUUGCCUGUAAUCUAUGGCUUCUGGUUGGGGUAUGUACGUACGGUCACUGUGGGGACGACGUCAUCGAUGCACUUAUUGAUGAAGCCAGUGACUGAUGUGGUGUACUCCUCAAUGCCAUCGGAAGAAUCCCGGAACAUAUUCCAGUCUGUGCUAGCAAAACAGUCCUGUAGCUUAGCAUCUGCGUCAUCUGACCACUUCCUUAUUAACCGAGUCACUGGUGCUUCCUGCUUUAGUUUUUGCUUAUAAGCAGGAAGCAGGAGGAUGACGUUAUGGUCAGAUUUGCCAAAUGGAGGGCGAGGGAGAGCUUUGUACUCGUCUCUGUGUGUGGAGUAAAGGGGGUCUACAGUUUAUUUUCCUCUGGUUGCACAUUUAACAUGCUGGUAGAAAUGAGGUAGAACGGAUUUAAGUUUCCCUGCAUUAAAGUCCCAGGCCACUAGGAGCGCUGCCUCUGGAUGAGCAUUUUCCUGUUCGCUUAUGGCCUUAUACAGCUCAUUGAGUGCAGUCUUAGUGCCAGCAUCGGUUUGUGGUGGUAAAUAGACAGCUACAAAAAAUAUAGACGAAGACUCUCUUGGUAAAUAGUGUGGUCUACAUUAUGAGAUACUCUACCUCAGGCGAGCAAAACCUAGAGACUUCCUUAAUAUUAGAUUUCGUGCACCAGCUGUUGUUUACAAAUAUACACAGACAGCCACCCCUUGUCUUACCUGAGUCAGCCGUUCUAUCCUGCCGAUGUAGCGUAUAUCCCACCAGCUGUAUGUUAUCCAUGUCGUCGUUCAGCCACGACUCGGUGAAACAUAAGAUAUUACAGUUUUUAAUGUCCCGUUGGUAGGAUAUCCGUGAUCGUAGGUCGUCCAUUUUGUUUUCCAAUGAUUGUACGUUGGCUAAUAGGACUAAUGGAAGAGGCAGAUUACUCGCUCGCCGUCAGAUCCUUACAAGGCACCCCGACCUACGUCCACAAUAUCGCUGUCUCUUUCUCAUGCGAAUGACAGGGCUAUGGGUCUUGUUGGGUGUCUGUAGAAUAUCCUUCGCAUCCGACUCAUUGAAGAAAAAAUAUUUGCCCAAUACGAGGUGAGUAAUCGCUGUCCUGAUAUCCAGGAGCUCUUUUUGGUCAUAAGAGACGGUGGCAGAAACAUUAUGUACAGAAUAAAUGUCAAAUAAUGCCAAAAAACACACAUAAUAGCACAAUUGGUUAGGGGGCCGUAAAACGGCAGCCAUCUCCUCCGUCUCCUCCGGUGCCAUUCUCUCAUGAUACCAACGCCUUACCACAAGCCCGUUCUCUCCAAUUAAGGUGUCACCAACCUCCUGUGUAUUGGUGGCGUAGUCUGCAAUCUAGUUGGCCUGGAAUGCGGCCAUUUGCCGUAUGUUAGUAGAGGUACUGUAUGAGUGUUAAGAAAACACAGAUUCAAUGAGACAGCAAGAAGAAUUCAAAGUGAACUGAAUAUGUCUGUGUAUAUUUAAAAUAUAUGUUGCCCUAGAAUUUGUGGAAAAUAAAGUGCAUCAUCAUUGAGACGUAUAUUCAUAGUUAUGUGAUAAACAUGACAACAUAUUUGAUUAAUGAAAAAUGUGAAACCGUCAUUACAGUUCUAGUUGUAGAUUCCUAUCUUAGGUUGUUUGUGGUGCGUAGAGCAAAAAGUAAUCCGUAAUGAAUAGAAAAAAGAGGAAGCUCUGUACUCUAUCUUUGCAGUAAAAUAAAUUAAACAAGAUGGAAUUGAUUUCACUUUGUUUCACUGCAAAGAUUGAGUCUGGACCUCUUUUCUAUUCAAAACAAAUAUUUAAUUUCCAUAUAUAUUUUGGUAAAGGGAUCACCACUGUGCUCACCAUGACCACUCUGAUGGUGAGCGCCCGCUCAUCUCUCCCUCGAGCCUCCGCCAUCAAAGCGCUGGAUGUCUACUUCUGGAUCUGCUACGUGUUUGUGUUCGCAGCGCUCAUCGAGUACGCCUUCGCUCACUACAACGCCGACUACAGGCUCAAAGAGAAAGCCAAGAGCAAGGCCAACAAGAUGAGCUCCGAGGUAAGAAGGGAGGACAAUGCUCCCCCAACCAUGGUGUUCCCCAAGGUUUAGUGCUGGGCCCGUUCCUCAUUUGACCCAUUGGUACCACAACAUUCAUUCAAUGUUCACACAGUGUUCAAAGGACAUUGGGUUGACACAAUAGGUGCAAUUGUUUUUGUAAGAACCUGAAAGCACUUGAAUUCUUAACCUGCAGGCUUUCCUUUGGGUUCCUUUGGUGUGAGGUAAAGAUUGUUCACAAAGGAAUUGACUUGUAGCCUUUCUCUAUUGAUAUUUCUCCAGUCCAUCGUGAAAAAUGGGAAGCAGGCCAUGGUGCUCUUUUCCUUGUCUGUGGCCGGAAUGAACCAGGGCCUGAUGGUCUCCAGCCGCCGUCCGCAGCAUUCCGGUGCCGAUACCCCCGGCGAGGAGGACGUGGAGCACAGGAGGGGGUGGAGGGCUAGAGCGUCAGAAGAGAGAGAACAGGAGAAGAAGUGCUGUAGUUGCUGUUCCAAGUGCUGUUGCGAUUGCAAGCCACUCCAAGCCGACACCAUAGAUGUCUAUGCCAGGGCCGUGUUCCCAGCCACCUUCGCCAUCGUCAAUGUGAUCUACUGGGUGGCAUACACAAUGUGAGUUGGGAGGACUAAAGACAGACAGGCGAUACCGCCAAGGACGGGUGUACUGUACAUAGAGGAAAAACGUGGCACUUUGAAUUCAGUGAUUUAUAUAGGGACACCGAUGUAAACAAGGCUUCCUUAAGAAGAACUGGAUUCAUGUAUAAUAUGGUGAAGUAAGGACCUGGUAAAUAGCAGAUAAAGUACAGUAGAUGGACAAACGAAAUCAGAUCAGGUAUAUGGACAUGUUCUGAAGUACAAUUAAGUUACGUACAAUGGAGUCUUAAGUGGUCGCCGAUGUCUUAUCCUGAGUGAGGCUCACUGUAUGAUAGCCCAGCUACUGACUUUUAUCCCCAAAACCCUCCACUAUCCACCCUACCCCUACUGCCCCAAUCCCCUUAAAUACUGAUCGCUACCCACAAAGCCACAGCAAUGGACUGCCGUUCAGCUAUGUCCUAUUACCGUACAUGUAUGAACUCUGCUCACACCAGCAACAUACACAGCAAGCUAAUGUCUCAUUGCUGAAAACAAAUGGGCACAACAAUUGCUAUUCGCUUAACUCACAAACAUAUCUGACGAUGGACUAACUGUUAAAAAAAAGAAACUGUCCAAACUUCAUGAUGAUGAGAUGAGGUGUAGUCUAUUAUUCUGCAUGGCUGAUGCUCCCCCCCACCCCCUUCACCGUCCCACCUCCCUCCCCCACUCCUU